AUGUCAAUUGCAUAUCUUCUUCUUUUGUUUCUGUGCAUUUCCUUGCAUGCAUGUAAUGCCCGGCAUCUUAGCCCUCUUGACAAGAAGCUAGAGAAGAAAUCCCACAUCUCUGUCAAGAGUGAUGAGAAAAAUGGAUUUGAUUCCUCUCCAAAGGAGCUUAAUGAAGGUGAUAAUAAAAAGAUGGAGACUCGGUUUGUUGCUGACUCUGAGAAGCUGAAAAAAAGAAGCAGCACUAACCAGAGGGUGCUCAAAGCUAAGGGGAAAGCUUCAGGUGCUUCACAAAGUGAAUCUCUUGUUUCAGUUUCUUGGCGUGUGCCUCACAAGAAACCUAGUCAGAAACAUCCUGGGUUUAACUUGGACUAUGCACCACCGAAGACACAUCCUCCUCACCACAACUAA